CCUCCGCGCUCCUUCGCAACGAACAACCAGCCACCCAGCUCGCCGCCUCCCCGCUGCAGGAAGGGAAGGGGGGGAAAAAGGCACCAACUCCGAAGCACAAACCCUUAGGCCUUAACCCCCCGCUGCGCCGCGCCGCGCCCCAUGGCCUCCUCCUCCUCCUCCCGCUCCCCCGCCGUCUCGCGCCGCGGCGGCGGCAGCCGUAGCGCGCGGCAGUCCCCCUUCUUCCGCGACCUUGCCUCCCCGAUCCCGUCCCACCGCGGCGUCUCCCGCUUCGCCUCGGGCGGGUCCCCCGCCGCCGCCCCCUCCGCCACGCCGCCGCCCCCGCCCAUCUUCACCCUCGACGACCGCGUCGCCGCGGCCGACUUCUUCCCUGACCACACCGCCUCCGACAUUCUCCACGUCGCGUCCUCCCCCUCCCCCUCCCCCCGCGCCACCGCCAGCCGUUCGCCAUCAUGGGACCGGUCCCGCAGCAAGGCGACGUUGUCUGCUCCGGGAUCCCCCAUGGAUGGGGUUGUGGACCCGGCCAGGAAGGAGGUGCUCGCUUUGCCGCCGCCUUCGAGCCCUGGCACUCCUCCUCCGGCGGUGGAGGCUCAGUCGCCCGUGACUCCCGCGCAAGCACCGGCUAGGACGGAGCCGGUGGCGAACGGAGGGGAGGUUGAACGGGAGGAGUGGGUCACUGUAUUCGGAUUCUCCAAUGGAGACACCAACCUUGUUCUUCGAGAAUUCGAGAAAUGCGGAGUAAUAUUGAGACAUCACUCUGGUCCAAGAGAUGGUAAUUGGAUCCACAUAUUAUAUCAGCACUCCUAUGAUGCUCAGAAGGCCCUUCAAAAAAAUGGUAUCCAACUCAGCAGCGGUCUCAUAGUUGGAGUGAAGCGUAUUAAUCCGGUGCACCGGCAGCAGCUGGAUGAGAGGUUCAUUGGAAGCAAUCAAGGAGGCCUCAUUGUUUCAUUGCCUUCAAAGUCACUUGCAUUGAAGAGCACAGGUGCAUCGCACCAGCUAGGAGCCUUGCCCCGCCCUUAUGACCCAAAGGCAAACGCAAAUGUUAAUCGAGAUGCAGGCCGUCGCGCAACAGGCAGCGUUGCUGCACCAGCGAAGUCAACUGUAACCAAUGUGAUGGAUUUGAUAUUUGGCAUUUGAUAUGCCAAUUAUACAUCGUGAGCCUUCUCUGUUUCUUCUGUUUAAUUAAAAGAGAAGGCGCACGCCAAAGAUCUGCUAGCAAAUUUUGCUAAGUUUGAGAGAUUCUAGAGACUGAACUUCUUUCUUCUGGCGAUGUAACGUACAUAUCAUGCAUUUUUUUCACGUUUAGUUGCACUUUUGUUCUCUUGUGAUCUGCAAAGAUGAGGGUGGCUGUUGUUUGUUGGUGGGCAUGCUAUAUCACCACAAGAAAGGGAGAUUUCAAUAUUUUCAACU